AUGCUGGAGCUGCACACUUUGAUAUUAAAUAACUUUUUGGAAAUUGCCAAGUUAAGUCAUAUUUUGAUCUUACAUUGCUGGUCUAUGGAUUCACUCUUGCACUUGGCACAGAUGUUAAAAAAAUCAAAUGCUUUUAUACAGUUUGAGCAUUUAGACGCAAACUUUCAACCAAAUAAUUUAGUAAACAGCCAAAUUUUGAAGUUGGGCGUUUUUUUGGAUCUCAAUUGUAAUGAUAGUGAGGUUGUUUUGAAGGAGGCCAGUUCCAGACGUCUUUUUAGCCAUCGCUACCAUUGGCUGGUCUACGAAAGAUUUGUGAAUUCUUCACGCUUCGAAAAGACUCAACUCUAUAUAGAUGCGGACCUUACCUACGUCACUAAUAAUCCCUCCAACGGAAACUUUAUACUUUACGAUCUCUACAACAAAGGACUUCAGCUAGGAGGAAAGUUGAAUGUAACCGCAGAUCGAGAAAUUUCCUGCAAUGAGCAAAAGUGUGAAGUCCAAAGAUAUCUCAGUGAUUUAUAUACCAGGAGUCCCCUGCAGCACAGAAAGACCUUUACAGGACUAACCAUGACAGCCACUGGCAUUAUCACUGCCCUGCCCCUAAACUCCACCAAAAAGGACAUAUUUGCUUUUCUGGAAUCCCGGGAUCGAAUUUACUUGGAUAUCUAUUCACGAUUUGGAUUCCAAUCACGUCAGCCCCUAAGGGACAUGUUGGACUGCAAAUUUAAGUACAUCAUUAGAGAUCGCUGGACAGAUGGCAAUGCCACUGGCGGCAUGAUUGGAGACCUCAUUGAAGGACUGGCGGAUAUACCUAUGGCCCCUUUUAUUUACUCCCUCGAAAGGGGUCUUUUCGUACAGCCCCUCACCAAGUUCACCAAUUUCAAGGAGAUUUGCAUCUUCCGUAAUCCCAGAUCAGUCUCCGCUGGCCUAAGUGCCACCGAGUUCUUGCAGCCUUUUAGCGGAGCUGUGUGGCUGACUUUCGCUCUUCUGCUCCUGCUAGCUGGCUGCCUUCUUUGGAUCACCUUCUUGGUGGAACGCCAGCAAAAGUGGAAACCGUCUCUACUGACCAGUUGUCUGCUCUCCUUUGGAGCUGGUUGCAUUCAAGGAGCUUGGCUGACACCACGAUCGACCGGCGGGCGAAUGUGUUUCUAUGCCCUGAUGGUAACCUCCUUUCUCAUGUACAACUACUACACCUCGAUUGUGGUGUCCAAGCUGCUGGGUCAGCCGGUGAAAUCGAACAUACGGACAGUGCAGCAGCUGGCUGACAGCAGCCUGGAGGUGGGCAUAGAGCCAAAUGUUUAUACCCGCAUCUUCAUAGAGACUACCGAGGAAAAGAGCGUUCGUAGUUUGUACUUAAAGAAGGUGGUUGGAAGCAAGCGCUCACCGGAACAGAUAUGGUUAUCCACAGAGGCGGGCAUAAAAGCUGUGAGGGAUAAUAAAGGAUUUGUCUAUAUAACUGGAGAGGCCACCAGCUAUGAGUUUGUGACGAAGCACUUCUUGCCCCACCAAAUCUGCGAGCUGAAUCAGAUUUCCCUGCGCGAUGUCACGCACACUCAGACCUAUACGAUUGUGGUGAAGGGUUCGCCAUAUGCGGAGUUAUUCAAGCUAAUUGACCUGCGCCUGAUGGAGACUGGGAUUCAUUUCAAGCAUGAUCGCUAUUGGUCGAAAACCAAGCUUUAUUGCUACCAGCACAAUCACACGGUGGCCGUGGGUCUGGAGUAUGCUGCUCCUCUGUUUAUACUGCUGCUGUGUGCUAUGAUUUUCUGUGUGGGCGUGCUGGGACUGGAGGUCAUCUGGCAUUGGCACCAGCACACCGUUCUACCCUAAGGUCUCCAGUUUGCUUUGCAGUUCAUCAACCCCAUUCAUCCCAACCUCGUCUAUCAUCAAUAUGUUCAAAUGCAGGGAGUCCAGGAUUGGUCACAUCUCGAGCUUA